AAUCCUGAGGAAGCACAUGCCAGAAGGGGAGCUCCCUGGACAUUCAAUCCAUUGCGGCUACUCACAUGUCUCAAGAAUCUAAGAAUUGAUGGAUCAGUUUAUGUACCAUCGUUUGACCAUGGUGUUGGGGACCCAGUGGAAGAUGAUAUCUUUGUGAACCUUCAGCACAAGGUUGUUAUUGUAGAAGGUAACUAUAUACUCUUGGAAGAUGGGGUAUGGAAGGAGAUAUCAUCUUUGUUUGACGAGAAAUGGUUUAUCGAUAUUGACAUUGACAAAGCUAUGCAGCGAGUUUUAAAGAGGCAUAUUUCAACUGGCAAACCUCCAGACAUUGCUAAACAACGGAUAGAGAACAACGACAGGCUCAAUGCAGAACUUAUAAUGAAGUCCAAGAAAAAUGCUGAUAUAGUUAUCAAGUCAGUUGAUUUCUGAGGAAUCUGUUUGCGCCAAGUCAAUCCUGAGGAGAGUAUUAUAACCUCAGAAGGGAUGUCUUUAAUAAAAUAAUUUAUUUUCGUGAUUUUUCAGAGUCAAACAAACUGAUUUUUUUUUAAUUAUUAUUAUACAACAAAUUUUAGUGCACUUUUACUUUUUUUU